AUGCGAUCCUUGAACGUUUUCAUGAUCAUCGUCUCUAUUUUGAUGUACUGGAAGGUCCAUCCGGCAUCAGCGGCUGUACUGGCAACCAUCAGGUCGCAAGAUGGAAACAGUAAAAAGACUUUUGUUCUGGAAUCCAUUCGUCCUUCCACAUCUAACACGUCGAAAUUUAUAUUAGAUACCAUUGGAUCAAAGAAUGCUUCCCAAACUCAGCAAGUAAAUGGUUCCGCACUUCAUCCUCCGUCUCAAUCAGAGGAUCCAUCAUCCCCCCAACAGCAAAACCGACAGGGAAAACCUUUAUUUAUGGACGUCAACGUGAUUUUGAAUGGUGCAUCUCCAUUGGCGCUGUCUACAGAAACACCUUCAACAACAACGGUGUUAAACGAUCAUUAUGCAACAACCAUAAGAAGCAUCGAUGACAAACGUUCCAUUUCCGAUCCAUCGGCUUUGUUCGACCACCAAUCCGCUCAGAAAACAAGCCACUACGGAUUGAUUAAAGACUCAAAAUCAAUGUGGUUGCUGAAUGAUCGAGAAGAUGAAGACAUUGAAGAAUCAGACGAUUAUGAAGUAGUUGAUUUGAGCCAACCUAGUGGCUUUAUUGAUCGAACAUUCGAUGAAGAAUUGAACCCAAGUCAAUUCAAAAACGACGAAGAGGAUCCUGAUGAUGACAUAAUAUUGGUCAUUGGACAGCUCUCGACGUUGAGUCCCGCCACUCCCAUUCCGGAGAGAAGAGAUGGUAAUGCGGAAACGAUAUUCGAAGGGCACAAUCCCGAACAGAUUGGGUUAAACGAGUGGCCAGUGCAAAUUGGAUUACAGGCUCGAUCGAAAUCAGCCCAUACCACCAAACCCGUUGAGUUCCCAAUGGGUAACGUAAAUAAACAAAUGUCUUCCGGCAUGCAGGAAUCCCGCGGCCAGCAAACGGAAAACAAAAAAACUGAGGGGCAACAUAAUAAUAGCGUCAUUGUUUCGAACAGGAAAGGGAAUUUUGGAAACAACAGUAAUGGAAACUCGGACGAUGUUUCUGUUCGACCUAAUGUUCGAUCUCAAUUCAUGGACUCACGCGCCAGUAACAUUUUCUCAUACGAGAUGGGCAUGAAAUCAGCGGAUAUUGAGAAGAACCAUUACGGGAAUCCGAACGGUGGCAAACCUAUGAAAACUGUUACAUCUACCACUACAUCUAAACCAGAGAUAUCAAAACAUUACAACAGUUCGCACGAAACGAGGAAGCAAGAGACUAGUACGACUACCGAAUCUGAUGAACCGUUUUAUUAUCUCGAAGAUUCCGAGGAGGAAAGUGACCACAGUAUUGGCUUUGACUAUCCGGAUGAAGAAGAACGUGUAGAAGAACCAAUAGCAGAUGGAAUAAAUACAACGAGAACGAUCGCCAGACCGCAAUCAUCAGCUGGUAAAGGCCGACCACCGUAUUUUGUAAGCCCAUCUGUGAUUCCAUUACAUCAGCCUCUUGAUUUGGGCAACGAUUUUCAACCGAUGAAUCCAACUAAAUUCAUUAAAAAUCGAAUGGAUGUCGAUUCUAACAACGGAAUCACUUUCAUUGACGAUGCCAUCCAACCGAUGCUCGUUCUUCCAUUUCCAGCAGAUCACGUUCUUAUGAACCCGCCUAAUCUGAACGUAAAGCCACAACCGCUAAUAGCGACAGCGCUCCACCCUAUUGGUGAAACUCCACAGAAAGAUACUUUUCUUAUGAAUCAUGACCGCAGCUUGCCUUCUGGCCAACCGCUGAAUACCAUAACUAGCUCAAAUCCUCAUAAGAAGGUGGAGACUGUUAAACCACCUUCUGAGGAGACGGCUUUAAAACGUUUCGUCCACGAAAAGCAACAUAAUAGUUAUUCAAUCCAAGAAGAAACGAAGACCUCUGAUGAAAUCAAACCAUACUCAAUAAAAACGAGUAAAACAAACGCGUACGAAGACUCCGUAGCUAUCCACCAAGGUGGGCUACCUUUACGCAAAACGACGAGUUCAUCUACACAAGUUAAAUCUGUGCAUUCAAACAUACCUACUAGACCAAUGGCAUCACCGAAAAGUCACAUGGAUGAGAGUAUCAUCACUCCUAAUCCAACUGGACCCUUUGUUCAGACAGCGCACAUAACAAGGUCUAAGAAUAAGACUGGCUCUGGACCUUAUUUCAUUAGUUCUAUUGAAUCUGGCUAUCGGAGUUAUAGCCAUCCUAUAGAAAAAGAAAUGAUAAGACCGCUUAUUGAAAACAAUCGCAACUCGGCAGCAAAACGGGAUGAAGGAACUAACAGUAGAUCGCCUGCCAGUGCGGGCCGACCGCCGUAUUUUGUCACGAGCUCACCACCGACGAACCUGCCCAGCACUAAACCACCUAGACAUAUCAAAACCCACAAUGAACAUUCGAAUAGUAGUUUGCUGAGCUCCUCCAGCCAUGGUGUUCUUCAUCCAUCUGUGUUCGAUACCCGUACGUUUACAAUCGAACAGCAUCGAAGCAACGAGCAGACCACGACAACUCGAGUCCCUGUUGAAAAGAUAGCUAGUCAUCGAACUGACACGUUUGACAUAUCUUUUGGUCCUGUCCGGCCCACCAUUCCAUAUAUUUUAACGCGUUCGAAUGCUGCCCGACCCAUUCAACCUUCUUACCCGAGUUCUCCGGUUACGAAUGUCGAGCGACAAACGACAGAACGUAUCCUCGACAUCGACCCGGGAGAUGGAAGUAAAUUAUCAAUUGGAAAUGUUCCUAAUCCAAUUGGAAUAAGCAAUAAGAACAAUGUAUUUGUCGUUCCCAAAAAAGCAAAUGAAACUGCCCGAACGCCAGUUCCUAAUACAACAGUUUCAACAGUGUUCUCCACGAGCAAACCUGGACCAUCAAAUAAUAAACGAGAGACAACAACUGCAACGAUCGUUAAUCAUAAUAUGGGUAGUUUCGUCGUUACCUCUAGUCCUGUCCGGUCCUCUGUCCAGCCAACGUACGCAUCUCGGCCAGCAACUGUCGCUACAACUCCAACAACGAAAGAAUCCGCCAUUGUUAAAUCGGAAGACGAGAAUCACAAGAUCGACGUUGAUUACCCAGUGCAAGAAAAAUUGGGAAACCUUACGCUAGUCCUCCAAAAUCCAAUAGGAAUCAGCAAUAAGGAUAAUGUAUUCGUCGUCCCCAAAACAGCUAAGGGCAUUAUCCGGCCACCGAUCCGCGCCAAUGCAUUUUCUGCUGACACGUUAAUGAAAAAACAGAGUUCUAGCAUGAACGGUGAACUACAAACUUCGACGCGGAGACCUUUUGAAAGAAUAGUAAGUCAUCAGAUGGGCAGCUUUGUCGUCACACCUGGCCCAAAGCUUGCUCAGCAGAAUGUAGUAAUGAAGACGGCAUCACAAGAAACGAUAAGAUCAUCCGAAAUUCCAGGAUUUCGAUCGCUACCAGAGUCUGCUACUGUGGAGCAACCACCGUACUUACCAAAGAAUUCUACUCAAGAGCUCAUGGGUUCAAACCAACUGAAGAUGGGCAAGUCGGACCAAACCGUUGUAGAUCAAACAAACAUCAGCAGGAGAAAUCCGCCUACAGUUGGAUCGGCAAUUCAACCGCCCUUCGUCCAUCAGCCUCCUACUGGACAAAUCAUCAAUAGAUCGAACAUAAAUAGAAGGAAGCAACAACCAUCGAGGAUGCCAUUCAGGCGUCCGAACAGAAGAACUGUAAAAAGAUCAGUGAGCCCCAGACUGUCACCUGUUCAACUCGACACCAGCAUCCAAAAAAGAACAGUAAAGAGAAUAAAUGCUGCCACGAAGAUGCAGCUAAACAAUUAG